CCCGGCGAGCCGGACCUCGUCGCGAGCGGACCGUGGUUGAACUGAUUGCUCCGGGAUUUUGACCCGAGUUAAGACGAGAGUUGGGAUCUCGCCCAGAGCAUGCUCUAUACGGAAUCUUCGAAUUGCAAUGUUUCAUCUUUUAGGACUGUGGAUCCCGCCAACGACGUGCCUCUGCAAGUUUGGUUUAUGCCGUGCGAGCUGUAUAGGAUCCUAGGACGCUGCCACGGUCGACAACACUGCGAACCCUCCCCUCCCUCUUUCCUCGCAUUUCCGCUGCUCUCUCCGAUCAAACGAAAAAGGGUAAUAGCGGGUGAUAAUCGAUAAAGUGCGAUGGACGGCGUGGGGGAGGCUGAGAAGUGACCGGAGGAGAAAUAGCAAGAAGGCAGCUGGGAGAGAGAUUUUUGUGGAUUUGUUGUGAUGCUGUUCGAUUCCAUCUUCUCCAUAGUCCUCCACUAUCUGAGGCUCUGAGAAUUGGCUAUGGAUUCGGUUUAGGGUUUUGGAUGGGUUGUUUUAGCUGGAUCGGCGGUGGGUAGGAAGUCGUGGAGCUUACGUCCUCCGGGGUGCUGAUGGCGUCGUCGGACGUGUCGGUCAAGGGUAGCUGUGGAGGACAAGUGCAGAGCUUUUCGUCCGUGUGUAGCGAGCCGCGUGAUGGCGCGAACGUUGGCGUAGCUGACGCGAAUGAAAGCUUGGGCUUCGCCAACGAGCCCCUCGGUGUUAAAGAAUCGGAGGACGCUCUGUACACUGAGCUAUGGCUCGCUUGUGCCGGUCCUUUAGUGACGAUUCCUAGAGUUGGGGAGAAGGUCUUUUACUUCCCUCAGGGACAUAUUGAGCAGGUGGAGGGGUCGACGAAUCAGGUUUCUGACCAGCAGAUGCCGCUUUACAACCUCCCAUGGAAGAUCCUUUGCCGUGUGAUGAAUGUUCAACUGAAGGCUGAGCCAGAUACAGACGAGGUGUAUGCUCAGGUGACAUUGCUCCCAGAUAAGCAAGAUGAGAACACAGUAGAGAAGGAAGCGGUUCCAUCUCCAAAGCCACGACCUCAUGUGUAUUCUUUCUGCAAAACACUGACUGCAUCAGAUACUAGCACACAUGGUGGGUUCUCAGUGCUACGACGUCAUGCGGAUGAGUGCCUCCCUCCACUGGAUAUGAGCCGGCAGCCACCAAGUCAAGAACUGGUGGCAAAGGAUUUACAUGGAGUGGAGUGGCGUUUCCGCCACAUCUUUCGUGGUCAGCCAUGCAGACAUUUACUUCAAAGUGGUUGGAGUGUCUUUGUAAGCUCGAAGAGGCUUGUUGCUGGAGAUGCCUUUAUAUUUCUAAGAGGGGAGAAUAGGGAACUUCGUGUUGGAGUAAGACGAGCAAUGCGACAGCUGGCCAAUGUUCCAUCAUCAGUUAUAUCAAGUCACAGUAUGCACCUUGGUGUCCUUGCAACAGCAUGGCAUGCUGUCAACACAGGCACCAUGUUUACUGUUUACUACAAACCAAGGACUAGUCCAUCCGAAUUUAUUGUUCCCUUUGAUCAAUAUAUGGAUUCUAUUAAGAGCAAUCCUUCUAUUGGGAUGAGGUUCAAAAUGAGAUUUGAAGGUGAAGAGGCACCAGAGCAAAGGUUCACCGGAACUAUUGUCGGGAUAGGUGAGGCUGAUGCUGACAGGUGGUCUGGUUCUAAAUGGAAAUGCCUCAAGGUGCGCUGGGAUGAAACAUCUUGUAUUCCUCGCCCGGAGAGGGUUUCUCCAUGGAAAAUUGAGCCUGCUCUUACACCACCACCUCUUAAUCCUCUACAAAUGCCGCGACCAAAAAAGCCACGAAAUUCAACCUUUCCCUAUUCAGCUGACACUUCUCUUAAAAAAGAAGGAACUUCCAAAGUUACUGUAGACCCUUCCCGAUCACAUAGAGCACCAAGGGUCUUGCAAGUUCAAGAAGGGAUGAUCUUGGGAAGUAGCUUCACUGAUGUGAAUGAGUCAAAUAAAGCUCCAAAACACAUGAUGUGGUCAGCAUAUGAGGGAGAGAAAAAUGAGGAUUCUGCUCACAGAAGAUUUGGAUCAGACAGCUUAAUGCGUGUAAACAGGCAUCAGCAAACUUGUUCAGGAUUCCAGCCUCUUGAUUCAUGUGGGUUUCCAUCAUUUUAUGAGCACACUUCAAGUGAUAAAAACCUCUAUAAGAGUCAAUUCCAAGAUCAAGCGGCCAAACAAGAACAUUCACCCGGAUCUUGGUCUUUGAUGCCUACAUAUUCAAAUUCUAGUAUGCCUGAAUGCAAUUUGAAGGCAAGUGCACAAGUUGGUGAAAUGUCCUACCAGAAAAUUGGAAUCUGUAGAUAUGACUUGGAAGGUGGGUUUACAGAACUUCAUGGUUCUGUUAGUGAUCAAUAUUCACCUAACUGGCGGGCAAGUUUAUUGCCAGAUUCUAGACUAGAUAACUGGCCUCAUUCUAGGGCCAUCAAACCUCAACCUUUUGUACUGUCACAAAAUGAGAUAACAAAGCCCCAAGGGACUAGAGGUUAUAAGCUAUUUGGGUUUAAUCUAAACAACAGUCCACUGAUAUCUGAAUCAGCUGUACCACAGAGUAAGUCUGCUGAUGUUCUGUUCCCAUGUGUCCAUCCUCCAUCACUUGGCUUAGAGGCUAAUAAACAAUCGGAUUUUCCCAUUUCCGAUAAAAUUAUUGGUAGCUCAUUGACAAAUUUCAUUUCAGAGAAGUUGGUUCCACUUUGUCCACUGGCUUCUAAAGAUAACCAGGACAAAGUGCAAGGUGGUUCAACUCGGAGUUGCACAAAGGUGCAUAAACAAGGUAUUGCUCUUGUCAGAUCUGUGGAUCUCACUAAGUUCAAUGGUUAUGAAGAACUUGUCGCAGAACUUGAUCAAAUGUUUGGUUUUGAGGGUGCCUUAGUGGCUGCUAACAAAACUUGGCUGGUUGUGUACACUGAUAAUGAAGGUGAUAUGAUGCUUGUGGGAGAUGACCCCUGGCAUGAAUUCUGCAAUAUGGUCCGCAAGAUCUUCAUCUAUACUCAUGAGGAGGUCCAAAGGAUGAACCAUAGAACAUUAAAUUCUCUAGUUGAAGAAAGUCCAUCUGCUUCUGAUGAAAGAAUAGCUGGUGAAGGAACUAAAGAAGCUGCUGCUACUGCUAAUCCUGAAAAUUCUAGGAGCUGUCCUGGAAAUGAUGUGGCAUUUUGAAGAAGUCAAACCAAAAAGAAUAUUCAAUGUUGAAAUCGUUGUGCUAUAUGAGAUGGAUCUGACUGCUAUCUAUAGUUGAGUCUUGCGUCUAUGAAUACUAUACAGCUAUAUGAGAUGGAUCUGACUGCUAUCUAUAGUUGAGCCUUGCGUCUAUUUUCACAGAUGGUGAGUCAAUUUUCACAGAUGGUGAUUGCUUGUAAUGUAAAAUUGUGGAUGAAAAAUGAUGGUUUGUGGCCUUGGAUUGCUAGUAAAUUGGUUGCUGUUAUUGCUUGUUCAAAACAAUUAAAGAACAAUGCUAUUUGCAA